UCUCCGGGGCGUUAGGUGGCAGUAGAACGAUGCCCCGUUUCCUGCGAAGCCGCACAGUCACAACAAGAGGAGGAAGAGGAAAAACGACAACUCUGGAUCUGGAUCGUCGUCGACUGCCUUGCGUGACAACACAGGGAUCGUCCAGACUUUGGGUAUUGGCGCUUUUUAUUCUCCUCUCUCUGUCGUGUCGGAGCGCCGCGGAUCGGCCGCACCGCCGCCCGGUUUGUAGCGGUUGCUCCAGUUUGACCUGCACCAUGUCUGAUUUGCUGAGAUACAUCGACUACGACCACAAAGCCACCUUCCUGAAGAUGCUGAACCAGCAGCGCAUGGAGGGCGAGCACUGCGACGUGGUGGUGGUGGUGGAGAACAUCGAGUUCCGGGCGCACCGCUGCGUCCUCGCCGCCUGCAGCAACUACUUCAAGAAGCUCUUCAAGAAGCAGAGCGACGAGGACAACUCCAUCGUGGAGCUCGACUUCAUCCGCUCCGACAUCUUCGAGGAAGUGCUCAACUACAUGUACACGGCGCGGCUGGCGGUGCGGAAGAAGGACAUCAACAUGAUGAUGUCAUCCGGACAGAUCCUCGGCAUCAACUUCCUGGACAACCUUUGCACCCAGAAGAGGGAGCUGACCAACAUGAAGACCCGCGAGAACCAGGCGCCGGACGACCACGGCAUGCGGGCGCAGGACGCCAUCUUGAAGGAGCUCGCCAUGGAGGAAGUGAGGAAGAACAGCUUCUACGACCAGGGGAUGGACGCCAUCGGCCCCGGCGGCUCCCACGUCUCGCAGCCGCACAGCUACAACACGGGGCUGGGGAAGGACCCGCACGCCCACGGCUGGGGGUCGUCGACCUCCGCCGCCGACAUGAAGCUGGAGUACCUCCUCUACGGCCACCGCGACCACAACUCCUGCCAGAGCGCCGGCGCCAAGCCGCUCGACCACAACACCAAGAAGGAGCGGCUGCUGACCGCCAACCGCCCGUACGGCUGCGAGCACUGCCCCAAAGCCUUCACCACCGCCGCGCACCUCAAGGAGCACCUGAAGAUCCACUCGGGCUUCAAGCCACACCGCUGCGUCGUCUGCGGGAAGGCCUUCAUCCGGGGGCCCGACCUGAAGCGGCACGAGCGCGUGCACAGCAACGAGCGGCCCUUCGCCUGCCAGAUGUGCGAAAAGGCCUUCAAGCACAAGUCCCACCUGAAGGACCACGAGCGGCAGCACCGGGGCGAGCGGCCCUUCAACUGCGGCUCGUGUGACAAGGCGUUCAUCAAGGCGUCGGACCUGAAGCGCCACUGGAACACGAUGCACAGCGCCAACCCACGCAGACAGAUGUCGCUGUCGCCCGCCGCCUCCCAGCACGCCCAGGCGGAGGCUGCUGACCAGAGAGACUGGAAACUGGAGACCGGGCCACACUCGCACAAUUCUGGGGACUGCUGAGCGAUCUAAACACACACACACACACACACACACACACACUGACAUACAGGGGCGUCUCAAUAAAUAGGAAUAUAAUCAAUAAGGUAAUUUUAUUUCAGUCACUUAAUCCAAAACGUACAACGGAGGAUGAGGGCCAUGCUAAGAAAAUAAAGAAAAUUACGAGAAUAAAGUCAAUAAUAUUAUGAAUUUAUUAAUUUUCCUCAUAUUAUUGACUUUAUUCUCAUAAUAUAAUUACUUUAUUCUCGUAUUAUUUUGACUUUAUUCUCGUAAUUUUUUUUUUUUUGUCUUUUUCUCAAUAUGGCCUUUAUAUUCCAUGUUUAAAAAAAACCAGUUCAUUACACAGAAUAUUUUCAAAUGUUAAUUUCUGUUAUUUUAGAGCACAGGUGCCAAACUCAAGGCCUGUGGGCCAAAUCCGGCCCGCCAAAGCUACUUUUCUGGCUCUCCAAACACAAGACUCGUGAGUUUAGAGGGCCACAUAAUUACAAUUUUAAGAUAAAUAUUACUUUAUCAGUCAAAAGAAAUCCCUUAAUAUUUGAGAAAAUGUGUGUUAAUUUUUUAAAAUCUUAAUAAGCACAAAUCAAAAGCAGAGAAAGAUGUAAUAUAUUAGAGGAUUGUAGCCAAAACAUGUUUUAAUUACACAAACCGUGUUUUAAAAGUAUUUUUAACAGACAAAAAGUUUCACACCACAAACGGUAAAAACUACAGAACUGAAUCCGAUGUAUUAAAAAAAAGUAUUACACUAAAAUGAUUAUUUUAGUUAUUGUUAUUCUUCUGACCAUUAAUAAUUAAAAAUUCUUGCGAUUGGAUAAAAAAAAUCUGAUUCUGCAGCUAAGCCUUUUUUUAUGCGGUAUUAAAAAUAAAAUUAAAAAUGCAAAUAAUUUAAUUACAUUUUUAAAUGAUUUAAAUUUGCUUAAAAUGCAAUCAAGAGUUUGUAUUUUUCUACAGUCUAGCUUAAUUAAUCCUUUUCUCUUAGUCCUCAUAUUCCAGUUGAUGAUUAAUUAAUUACUAAUUUAGUUGACGAUUAUUUGAUGAAUCGAUUAAUCCCGAUUAACCCGAUUAAUCAUUUCAGCCCUACAGUUCACACAAAGUAAUAUUUCUGUUAAUGUUAAGGAUUAAAAUGAACACAAAACAAUUUUCAUAAGAUUUUUAACAGACCGUUAUUUUAUGUAGCUGCUAACUUUAGAGUUAUCCAUCAGUCAGUCACAUCCACAAAACCACAAGAAAAAAGAAAGCUGAAUGUGUCAUGACCAAGUAUACUGAUGGAAAGUUAAGUGUAAGGAGAAACUUUAGUGGAAAAAGUUAACGGUACUCCAUAGAUUGUUAGUAUCAGGAUCACUUUGGUCAUUAAAUAAGCUUUUGGUGUCUUUGGAAGUGAGGGCAGAAAAAUAAAAUCAGCAUUUCCAUAGUUUGUUAGCAACAGGAAGGAUUCAUUGCUCUAAAUCUUUCCAGGCAGACGUCUACUCUGCCGAUACACUUGAUGAAACACAGAGGACCAACGUAAGUAGAUGCACAUUGCACCUCAAAUCAUCAUCGCUGACUGUAAAAUCUUUACACUGGACCUCAUUUAACCUCUCGUCUCGUCGAAGACGCAAAUUUUACUUUUAAAGAGGAAUUUUGGGCCUGAUUCAGAAAUAGCCAAAUAUGUAACAUGCAUCAGGUGUUGCCUGUUUCCUGCGUUUUUACGUUGUCUAGUAUCACACUUUCUCCUUCCACUAAACUUUCGUAACAUUUCUGUAUUAAAAAUCUUAAGUAAUUUUAUGAGAAUUUCAGGUUAUAGCCAAUCAAAUUGUUUGUUUGUUGUUGUUUUUUUUUACUUUUUUUUAUUGAAUUGCUGAAAUAAAUUAGCUUUUUGAUUAUAUUGUAAUUAAUUGAGAUGCCAAUGGACUGACCUGCUAACAUGCACACUUUAAUCCCACUUACACACACUGACACAAGCACGAGGACAGUGAUGCGAGUGCAGAACAGGAGAGCAGAGCAUGUUCAUAAAGACUGUGAGGCUGUAUUAUUAUUAUUAUGAUUAUUAUGAUUAUUAUUAUAAUUCUAAAGAGUUAUGUCCUUCCCACCUGUAAAGUCAUGUAAAUGUUUAGUUCACUAUACUAUACAUAUAUUUUUCACAAAGGAUCGUUGUUAUCUAGACCGGAGGGGUUCUCAUAACAUGUUUUUUUUUUUUCCUUCUUUUCUUUUUAAUAAAAUAAACAUUUAAAUGUUCGUUUAACCUUUUAUGGAUUUUAUGGAGAUAAAAACAGAGUCCAAGAAAGAAAGAUAGAAAGAGGGAAUGGGGGAGAAAAUAAUUUUCUGCAUAACAUUUGUUGCAUUGAGUAUAUUCAUGUGGAUGUUUUUAAAUGGAUGUGUUUAGUUGUAUUGAUUGAUAUUACACUGUAAAAGUAAGACGCAGACGAAACCAAAGUCUUGGACUCCUGACGGAUCGUCCUCAGAGACUGUCCUGUCCAAGCAGAACCGGCCAACUAGAUUUACUGUUAUACAGUAUGACUGUCAUCCGGGGCUAUCCACAGAUAAUGAUCGGUGUCUGUAUAUACUGUAGCUUAGUUUGUUGCACAACUAGAGUUCACAAUAUUGAAAUCAUGCACAUAUAACAUUGUCCUACUCCUACACUUUGACAAUAAACACCAUUUGCUGUGUUUUAA